AUGUAAAAUAUAUUAGACAGGUGUUCAAUACAUCAAAAAGUGGGGAUUGCUGUAGAAUGUUUGACAAGAGAUGAAUAUCAUUAUUCCAUUUUAUGUGAAAAUUGCUUAGCUGAAAGAGUUAGCAAUAAACAAAUAUUUUUAUUGAAAGACGCCAAAUUAGUGUUUGAAUAAUUCAGAUAACAGUGUUUAAGUGAAUUUGAACUAGAGUAGAAUGAGAAAACAAGUUUCUAUAAAAAUUUGCAAUCGAUUGUUUAGAAAUUGCAGAAUCAUUUUUUAGAAAUAUUUGAUUAGAUAAACAAUUAAAUAAAUGAAAAAUUAGAAUUCAUAACUCAAAUUUUUAGAGAAGGAUUAUUUUUAAGCAGAAAUUAAGAAACCUAAAUCUUAAAUCCUACCAUUAGAGAAUUUGGUGAAUAGUUAAUAGAGGAAAUAGCAAAAUUUGAGAAAAUUAGGAAUAUUGGUUAGUAAAAUGUAAUUGAUUUUCAGAAUCAAAUAUAAUAUUAGAUAUUGAAACUGCAGUAAAGUGAGAUAUUAAAUGAGUGUCUUGAAUUAUUAAUCUCUGUGGAUGAAGGGAACUAAAUUAAAGUGAAAGAGCAUAAUGGCAAAAAUGUGGAAUAUGAAAAGAAAAGUGUUUAAGUAUGAAUAUAUUAAUAUAUUGUUAAAAGAGAACUCCAAAGUUAGAUUUAAUGUGUAACGAGCACGAAAAAGAAAUAAUAAUAUUUGAUCUAAGUGAGUAGCAAUAAAGAGAGAAACGAGCAAGAUGUGUAGAANAACUUUGA